UAGUUUAUUACAAAAAAAUACAUAGAAUAUCUAUUUAAAUAUCUAAAUUAUUUACAUAAUUGAACUCGUAUCGUAUUAUAUUUUUAAAUUUUGUGUAGCUUUUAAGCUGAGUAAUAAUUACUAUAGCAACACAGAGAAUUGAUCUCCAUAUUGAUUAUCAAGUGGCAAAUUGUCAAUUCAAAAAUAUGGCGGCUGCUCCUUGCGUUUGCGCUUGUUUGUAGUUUUGUUAUAUUUUUGUACCGUUCUUCGUGAAAUUAAUCCUCUGAUCCGCGUUGAGUUGAGUCCUCUCCUCCGCAGUGAAGUGUACGUAUUUCUCGAAGUUUUUGUGCGAGUUGAGCUUUUAGUUCCUCCACCAUACCUGUGCAAUCGUAUUUUGCGACGAACGCUGUGUUUGUGCUGUUUCUUUGCGAUAUAGACGCUCGUGAUUUGUUUUCAUCAUGCCUAAACGUUGUGCAUUAGGAUGUUCUAAUAAGAACAUCUCCUACCAUCAAUUUCCACAUCCAGAAAGGAAUCCUGACCGUUUCAAGGCUUGGGUUCAUAUAGCAGGUGGGAAGUUAGAUAGUCCUACUGAUUAUGAACUGUAUAGAAAGAAGGUCAUCUGUGAUAUCCAUUUUACAGACAGGGACAGGAACCGUAAUAACCGGUUAAAUUUUCUAGCUGUGCCAUCACUUCACCUUCCUGGCAAGUGUGAUGAAGCUGGUACUUCAGAAAAAGUUUUCCUUGUACCUGAACCUGUGAUUGAGGAAAGCAUCCUUGCUGCACUAAAACCGACACAGGCUGGCAAGUCUGAUGAAGCUGGUAUUUCAGAAAAAGAUUUUCUUGUACCUGAACCUGUGAUUGAGAGAAGCAGCCUUACUACACUAAAACUGACAUUGGCAGGCGAGUCGGAUGAUGUUGGUCUUUCAGAGAAAAUUACACUUUUACCUGAAUCCAAACAUGAAAGAAGCAACCCUGCUGUAUCAGAAUCUAUAUUGACAGAUGACUCUGCCAGAAUCAUAAUUUCAGAACACAAUUAUUGCCAGCUGCAGAAGAAGGCAAUAAAUAAAAACAAAAGUAAUCAUCAGCAGCAAGAGGUGCCAUCAUUCUGGAUAAAUCAGCUUAAAACAACAAGACGAAAAAUUAAAAUUUUGCAAUCUAACUUGAUGAGAUCUCAGAAGAGAAACCAAAAUCUUAAAUCCAGAAUAGCCAGUGCGGAGAAAAUGUCUGCUGACGAUUUAUUUAAAAAACUGUCCUGCAAAAUGACAACAGCAGCAAAAAUUUUCACCAAAAUGCAAUACAGCCAGACAAGAAAGAAGCCUUCUGGGCGCAGAUUCACGCUUGAAGAAAAAGUGCUCUCACUUUCUCUAUAUAAGAAGAGUCCGAGAAGUUACCCUCUGUUAGCAAAAUUUUUCACAUUGCCAUCAACAAAAUCUUUGAAGAGACUUUUAACAAAAAUAGAAGUGGAGCCAGGGCUUAAUAAAUGUAUAUUUUUAAAAAUAAAAAAUACUGUCAAGGAUUUAAGCCCAGAAGUAGGGAUUGCAAUCCGGUAUCAAGAUCCGGCCGGAUUUCACCGGAUUGAUGCUAAUCCGGCCGGAUCCGGACGGAUCCGGCCGGAUUUUAAAGUUACUUAGGGCCUAGUAUUUAGUGGUUUUUAGUUUUGAUAAUAAUGUAUAAAAGAAAAUAAAAUACGUAUUUAUGGAAAAUAAAAUCACUUUUAAUUAUUUUUUCGGUAUUAAUUGUAAUUUUUGGGUCUAUUUGUACUAAAUCAAAUUAUGAAACUAUUUUUAAUAAUAAAGUAAUCAGUCUGACUCUCACUUAUUGAUGUACCCAUUUAUGUAAGUAUCUGAAAGUACUUAAGUAAUAAUAAUACUAUUAAACUCUUAUUAAUAAUCUACACAGUUAUAUAACAAAACAGUCUUUUAAAUUUGUACUUAUAAAAUCAACAACUUCAGUUCAUAAUCCUAAGAAACAAAACAAGAAGCAUUUAUUUUUUGCAAUGCAAAAUUCAAAUGAAAAUUAUUUUGUGCCUGAAAAAACGAUCUAAGAAAACAAAUAGUGUUUAUUGUACUGUCUCCUAGUCUGCUUCUGAUGGCACUACAAAUAUAACCUGCGGCAGAAAAGGCCCUUUCUGCCUCAACACUGGUUGGCCAAAUCGCCAUCAAGUAACUGUAGAUCAGCGAAAUGUGUUUUCCUUUUACUCCUACUUCAUACGCAGUCAUUUCUUUUUUAAGUAUUUUCUCAUAAUCUGUUUCUUUUUCGAUCGCGUUCGCGUAUUUUUUGCUUUACCGGAUCCGCCACCGGAUCCGGCGCCGACUCGCCGGAUCCGGUAGGUCCAAAAACACGCCGGAUCCGCCGGAUUACCGGAUCCGCCGGACCGGAUUGCAAUCCCUACCCAGAA